AUGACAGCGUGGGCAGUUUUAGGAAUCCCAAGGGCAAGUAUUGCCAGACAUCUCCCGUCGCAGAGGGACUUCGUGAAGAAUCGGGUCUUCGUCCCCCUCAGUCCCCUUUCCCACCCCCUCGGCCAAAGUUGCUCUUGCGCGCGUGCCUGCAUCGGUCUGGACACGACACCUCAGGAUACAGUAGAAAGGCAGAGCAGCCCACCACACGCCCCCCAACCCAAUCCAAUAUCCCUAUCCCUCCCUCCCUCCACGUCGCCUGUCCACAUCCACUUCUUCUAUCCCGCUAUCUCCUCUCCUCUAUUUGCGAAUUGCGGCAGCCUGGUUCUCACCUUCAACCUUGACCAGUUCAUCAUCGCAUCAUCUUGCCUUUGCUCAGCGCCCAGGCAGACUUUGACGUUCAUCACAGCCCGAACCGCAACCAUGGGUCUCGCAUUUUCCAAGAUCUUCGACAAGCUUUGGGGAAAGAAGGAGAUGAGAAUUCUGAUGGUCGGUCUUGACGCCGCCGGAAAGACUACGAUUCUCUACAAGCUCAAGCUCGGUGAAAUCGUCACGACCAUUCCUACCAUUGGUUUCAACGUCGAGACCGUCGAGUACAAGAACAUCCAGUUCACCGUGUGGGAUGUCGGUGGUCAGGACAAGAUUCGUCCUCUGUGGAGACAUUACUUCCAGAACACCCAGGGUAUCAUCUUCGUCGUCGACAGCAACGAUCGCGACCGUAUCGUCGAGGCCCGUGAGGAGCUCCAGCGCAUGCUCAACGAGGACGAGCUGCGGGAUGCCAUUCUCCUGGUCUUCGCCAACAAGCAGGAUUUGCCCAACGCCAUGAACGCCGCCGAGAUCACAGACAAGCUUGGCCUUCACUCCCUGAGACAACGCGCCUGGUACAUCCAGUCCACUUGCGCUACCUCCGGUGAUGGUCUCUACGAGGGUCUCGAGUGGCUUGCCACCACCCUGCGCAAGGCGGGUCACCAGUAA